GAAAUAUUUUCAGGACAAAAAAGCAAUUAAAAGUCGAUUUAAUGGAUCAGUUCAUUGAAACUUUGACGUCCGCUUCAUUUGAGAAAAAUUUUAUAAACGAUUACUGCCCUCAAUAUGCGGUCGAAAAAGAUUUGGAAGAACUUUCCAAAAACAACGAAUUAACACAAUUUGAAAGUCUCGAUAAGACUCGUAUCGAUUAUCUGAAAAGUUUGAUUCAAAGCAGUAUUUCUACUGAUGGCAAGAGUUGUGACAUUAGUAAUGAAGGCAAAGAUUUGUGUCAAAUCGGUGGACAAGUGAAUGGAGUUGAGAGCAGUGAUGAAGUGAAUGAAGUAGACGUCGAACUCGAGUCACAAAUUCAAUACAUCAGAGAAAUAAUCCCUGAAUUAGGCGCCGGUUUUGUGCACAAGUGUCUUGAGUUCUAUAAUCUGGACAAUGAAAAGGUUUUGAACGCCAUU